GCGGGGCGGGGCUCUGAGGACAGCGACAGCCCGCGCACUGGGCAGGAGUUACUGCUGCUACGGUCGCCCGCGUCUUCAAGGUCUCUGCGCUUCCUCACCGGAGACCUGGACUCGGCCGCCAUGUCCGCCGCGGAGGAGGUUGAUGGCCUGGGUGUGGUCCGGCCGCACUAUGGCUCUGUCCUGGAUAAUGAGAGGCUCACUGCAGAGGAGAUGGAUGAGAGGAGACGGCAGAACGUGGCUUACGAGUACCUUUGUCAUUUGGAAGAAGCAAAGAGGUGGAUGGAAGCAUGCCUAGGGGAGGACCUCCCGCCCACCACAGAGCUAGAGGAAGGUCUUAGAAAUGGAGUCUACCUUGCCAAGCUAGGGAACUUCUUCUCUCCCAAAGUGGUGUCCCUGAAGAAAAUCUAUGAUCGAGAGCAGACCAGAUACAAGGCUACUGGCCUCCACUUCAGACACACGGAUAAUGUGAUUCAGUGGCUGAAUGCCAUGGAUGAGAUUGGAUUGCCUAAGAUUUUUUACCCAGAAACUACAGAUAUCUAUGACCGGAAGAACAUGCCAAGAUGCAUCUACUGUAUCCACGCCCUCAGUUUGUACCUGUUCAAACUGGGCCUGGCCCCGCAGAUUCAAGACCUGUAUGGAAAGGUUGAUUUCACAGAAGAAGAAAUCAACAACAUGAAGAUCGAGCUAGAGAAGUACGGGAUCCAGAUGCCUGCCUUCAGCAAGAUUGGGGGCAUCCUGGCCAAUGAGCUCUCAGUGGACGAAGCUGCGCUACAUGCUGCUGUUAUUGCUAUUAAUGAAGCUAUUGAUCGCAGAGUUGCAGUUGACACUUUAACGGCUCUAAAAAACCCCAAUGCCAUGCUUGUCAAUCUUGAAGAAGGCCUGGCUUCCACCUACCAGGAUGUGCUUUACCAGGCCAAGCAGGACAAGAUGACAAACGCUAAAAACAGGACGGAAAACUCUGACAGAGAAAGGGACGUUUAUGAGGAGCUGCUCACGCAAGCUGAAAUCCAAGGGAAUGUAAACAAAGUCAACACAUCUUCUGCCCUGGCCAACAUUAACCUGGCUUUAGAGCAGGGCUGUGCAGUGACCCUGCUCAAGGCUCUGCAGUCACCGGCUCUGGGCCUCCGAGGGCUGCAGACCCAGAACAGCGACUGGUACAUGAAGCAGCUACAGAGUGACCUGCAGCAAAAGAGACAGAGUGGCCAGACUGACCCGCUGCAGAAGGAGGAGGUCCAGGCUGGAGUGGAUGCUGCCAACAGUGCUGCCCAGCAGUACCAGCGACGGUUGGCAGCAGUGGCAGCAAUCAACGCGGCAAUCCAGAAGGGCAUCGCUGAGAAGACCGUGUUGGAGCUAAUGAAUCCUGAAGCCCAGCUGCCCCAGGUGUAUCCGUUUGCAGCCGAUCUCUAUCAGAAGGAGUUGGCCACCCUGCAGCAGCAGAGUCCUGAGCAUAACCUCACCCAUCCUGAACUCACCGUGGCUGUGGAGAUGCUGUCGUCCGUGGCCCUCAUCAACAGGGCGCUGGAGUCAGGAGACAUGACCACGGUGUGGAAGCAGCUGAGCAGCUCAGUGACAGGCCUUACCAACAUCGAGGAUGAAAACUGUCAGAGGUAUCUCGAUGAGCUGAUGAAGCUGAAGGCUCAGGCACAUGCAGAGAAUAAUGCAUUUAUUACAUGGAAUGACAUCCAGGCGUGUGUGGACCAUGUGAACCUGGUGGUCCAUGAGGAGCAUGAGCGGAUUUUGGCCAUUGGCUUGAUUAAUGAAGCCCUGGAUGAAGGAGACGCUCAGAAGACUCUUCAGGCCCUGCAGAUCCCUGCAGCCAAGCUCGAGGGCGUCCUUGCAGAAGUGGCACAGCACUAUCAAGACACACUGAUCAGAGCAAAGAGAGAAAAGGCCCAGGAAACACAGGAUGAGUCAGCUGUGUUAUGGUUGGAUGAAAUUCAAGGUGGAAUCUGGCAGUCCAACAAAGACACCCAAGAGGCACAGAGGUUUGCCUUAGGAAUCUCUGCCAUCAAUGAAGCAGUAGACAGUGGUGAUGUUGGCAGAACCCUGAGUGCCCUACGUUCUCCCGAUGUUGGCUUAUAUGGAGUGAUCCCUGAGUGUGGGGAAACGUACCAGAGUGACCUUGCUGAAGCCAAGAGGAAGAGACUAGCAGCAGGAGACAAUAACAGCAAGUGGGUGAAGCACUGGGUGAAAGGCGGGUACCAUUACUACCACAAUCUGGAGACGCAAGCAGGAGGAUGGGCUGAGCCCCCAGACUUUGUGCAGAAUUCUGUACAGCUUUCUCGAGAGGAGAUCCAGAGCUCCAUCUCUGGAGUGACCGCUGCAUAUAACCGAGAGCAGCUUUGGCUGGCCAACGAAGGCUUGAUCACCAAGCUGCAAGCCUGCUGCCGUGGGUACCUCGUUCGACAGGAAUUCCGAUCCCGGAUGAACUUUCUGAAGAAACAGAUCCCCGCCAUCACCUGCAUUCAGUCACAGUGGAGAGGAUACAAACAGAAGAAGGCAUAUCAAGACCGGCUGGCUUACCUGCACUCCCAUAAAGAUGAAGUUGUGAAGAUUCAGUCCCUUGCCAGGAUGCAUCAAGCUAGAAAGCGCUAUAGAGACCGCCUACAGUAUUUCCGAGACCAUAUAAAUGACAUUAUCAAAAUCCAGGCUUUCAUUCGGGCCAACAAAGCUCGUGAUGACUACAAGACUCUCAUUAAUGCUGAGGACCCACCUAUGAUUGUGGUCCGAAAGUUUGUCCACCUCCUGGACCAAAGUGAUCAGGACUUUCAGGAGGAACUUGAUCUUAUGAAGAUGCGGGAAGAGGUCAUCACCCUCAUUCGUUCCAACCAGCAGCUGGAGAAUGACCUCAACCUCAUGGAUAUCAAAAUCGGACUGCUAGUGAAGAACAAGAUCACACUGCAGGAUGUGGUUUCCCAUAGUAAAAAACUUACCAAAAAAAAUAAGGAACAGCUGUCCGACAUGAUGAUGAUAAACAAGCAGAAGGGCGGGCUGAAGGCUUUGAGCAAGGAGAAGAGAGAGAAGCUGGAGGCCUAUCAGCAUCUCUUUUAUCUCCUGCAGACCAACCCUACCUAUCUGGCCAAGCUGAUCUUUCAGAUGCCACAGAACAAGUCCACCAAGUUCAUGGACUCUGUGAUCUUCACGCUGUACAACUAUGCCUCCAACCAGCGGGAGGAGUACCUGCUGCUGCGACUCUUCCAGACGGCACUCCAGGAGGAGAUCAAGUCAAAGGUGGACCAGAUUCAAGAAAUCGUGACUGGAAACCCUACGGUUAUUAAGAUGGUUGUAAGUUUCAACCGUGGUGCCCGGGGCCAGAAUGCCCUCCGGCAGAUCUUGGCCCCUGUUGUGAAGGAAAUUAUGGAUGACAAGUCUCUCAACAUCAAAACCGACCCUGUGGAUAUUUACAAGUCUUGGGUUAAUCAGAUGGAGUCGCAGACAGGAGAGGCGAGUAAACUGCCCUAUGAUGUGACCCCUGAACAAGCCUUGUCUCAUGAAGAAGUGAAGACGAGGUUAGACAACUCCAUCAGGAACAUGAGGGCCGUGACAGACAAGUUCCUCUCAGCCAUCGUCAGCUCUGUGGACAAAAUCCCUUAUGGGAUGCGCUUCAUUGCCAAAGUGCUGAAGGAUUCGCUGCAUGAGAAGUUCCCUGAUGCUGGUGAGGACGAGCUGCUGAAGAUUAUCGGUAACUUGCUUUACUACCGAUACAUGAACCCAGCCAUCGUCGCUCCCGAUGCCUUCGACAUCAUUGACCUGUCAGCAGGGGGCCAGCUCACCACAGACCAGCGCAGAAACCUGGGCUCCAUUGCAAAGAUGCUCCAGCAUGCAGCGUCCAACAAGAUGUUUCUGGGCGAUAAUGCCCACUUAAGCAUCAUUAAUGAGUAUCUCUCGCAGUCCUACCAGAAAUUCAGACGGUUUUUCCAAAUGGCUUGCGACGUCCCCGAGCUGCAGGAUAAAUUUAACGUGGACGAGUACUCUGACCUAGUCACCCUCACCAAGCCGGUUAUCUACAUCUCCAUUGGCGAAAUCAUCAACACCCACACUCUCCUGUUGGACCAUCAGGAUGCCAUUGCUCCAGAGCAUAACGACCCCAUCCACGAACUGCUGGACGACCUUGGGGAGGUGCCCACCAUCGAGUCCCUUAUAGGAGAAAGCUGUGGCAAUUCAAAUGACCCCAACAAGGAGGCUCUGGCUAAGACAGAAGUGUCUCUCACGUUGACCAACAAGUUUGACGUGCCUGGUGACGAGAACGCAGAGAUGGACGCUCGGACCAUCUUACUGAAUACAAAACGUUUAAUUGUGGAUGUCAUCCGGUUCCAGCCAGGAGAGACCUUGACUGAAAUCCUAGAAACCCCAGCCACCAAUGAACAGGAAGCUGAACAUCAGAGGGCCAUGCAGAGACGGGCUAUCCGUGACGCCAAAACCCCUGACAAGAUGAAAAAAUCAAAACCCAUGAAGGAGGAUAACAACCUCAGCCUCCAGGAGAAGAAAGAGAAGAUCCAGACUGGCCUAAAGAAGCUAACAGAGCUUGGGACGGUGGACCCGAAGAACAGAUACCAGGAGCUCAUCAACGACAUUGCCAAGGAUAUCCGGAAUCAGCGGAGAUACAGGCAGAGGAGGAAAGCGGAAUUGGUAAAACUGCAGCAGACGUACUCGGCACUGAACUCUAAGGCCACCUUUUAUGGCGAGCAGGUGGAUUACUACAAGAGCUAUAUCAAAACCUGCUUGGAUAACCUGGCCAGCAAGGGCAAGGUCUCCAAAAAGCCUAGGGAAAUGAAAGGCAAGAAAAGCAAAAAGAUUUCCCUGAAGUACACAGCGGCGAGACUGCAUGAGAAGGGGGUCCUUCUGGAGAUUGAGGACCUUCAAGCAAACCAAUUUAAAAAUGUUAUCUUCGAAAUUGGUCCAACAGAAGAAGUUGGAGACUUUGAAGUGAAGGCCAAGUUCAUGGGAGUUCAGAUGGAGACUUUUAUGUUGCAUUAUCAGGACUUGUUGCAGCUACAGUAUGAAGGAGUUGCAGUCAUGAAAUUAUUUGAUAGAGCUAAAGUGAAUGUCAACCUCCUGAUCUUCCUUCUCAACAAGAAGUUCUAUGGGAAGUAAUAGUCACUUGCCGCCAGGAAGAGCAAACCAGCAGCACCUCACGUGGCUGUCUUCCUAGGAUCCUCCAUUACUCCUUAGGCAAGGACCUGGUCCAGCGGCGCCUCAGUUCACACUCCCUCUGACGGACGUCAGUGCCCUCUCCCUUCUCCUUGUGAAGCCGUAUGCCUGGCUUCCCCUCAGCCCUGCUCCCUCAUUUUCUCUCAUCAUGUAGGAAAGAGUGGAACCCCUCCCAAGCCCUUUCUGUUAAAGCCUCCUAAGUGGUCAUUACUACCUUGUAGACAUUGGUGUUUGGUUUACUAGCAGUGAGAAUGAUGAAACUCAAAUUCUUGUUUAGAAGUGAAAGCUGUCAGGUUGAUAGCAAGCAUGCACAUCAGAUUCACCAGAAGUAUGACCCAUCAGCGCAGUGAGAGGGUGGAGUCUGAUGUCUUCCGGCUGCUGCCUUGGUGGGCAGAGCUGAUCCAAGUUACUGUUCUCUGUUCAAACGAAGCAGCUUCCGGAGGAAAAGAGCAAUCGCUUUUGAAUUCUCCAAUAAAUCUGGACAAUACUGUUAGCGCAGAGCCCUUCCUGGUGAAGGCGAACCCACGGUCAGAGCAGGCCAUUUAGAGACUGAGUGGGCGGGGCAUUUACCAUCCCUCCCACAAAGGAUGGCUUCCCCUAGCUCAAAAUGUAAUUGUUUCUAAACUGUAUUCCAAGAGUGCCUUACCAAAGUAUAAAUUUAUUUCUUAAAA